AAUGAACCUGCUUCAUGUGACAACAUGAGGAUUUUAAAGUUUCAGUCCGGAAUUCCGGAUGAACUGAUAUCACUCCUCACAGUUUAGUCUCAGCAGAGCUCCUGCCCCUCGAAGUGUUUCAGGUUUGCGGAUUUCAAUCAUGUUUCUCCAAGUUCUGCUCCUCCUCCAUGCCUCAAGAGGAGCUUUUUCCUCCAUCUCAUGUUAUAAUGACCAAGGGAAACCUGUUGACUGGUAUUACUUGUACAAACUCCCACACGAGCGUCAUACACCUCUGGAAGAGGGACUGAAGUAUCUUUUCAUGGAUGUAGAGAGUGAAGGAUGGACGGAUGGGACUACUUUAGUUAAUGACACCCAAAGUGCUGUUGGCAGAACAGUAGGACCUUUAUAUGAGGGAGGUGAUGUUGGAUACAUCUUAUAUAACGACCAGCCACCAGAACAGAAGCAGGUUGAAGGCGCAAGCAGGAGUUGUGGCCACACCAAAGGAGUUGUCGUCUUUGAUAAAGAGCAGGGAUUCUGGUUGGUCCAUAGCACUCCUCAUUUCCCUCCUCCUAAAUCUGAGGGCCAGUUUUCAUACCCCACUUCAGGCAUAAGUAAUGGCCAGAACUUCAUCUGUGUCACAUAUCCGUUCGAGCGCUUUCAGACCAUAGGUGAGCAGCUGAAAAUCAAUCAGCCUCACAUCUUCGACUGCAGCAUCCCUGGUUCACUGGCCGCUGCUGUUCCUGCUAUGGCUCAGAUCUGUAAACACGCAUUGGACAGAUGGGACAACACUUCCUCCUCCCCUUCCAAUCGCAGCAUCUCACUCCUCUCACUAGCCAAAACAGAGUUCAUCAGCUUUGCAAAAGGUGCAUCGUUUGCCAAUGACUUGUAUCACUCCUGGGUGGCUCCUACUCUUCAGUCUAACCUGCUGGUUCAGUUCUGGCGUCGCUCCACCGGCAUCCUGCCCUCGGACUGCUCUCCAAACUGGGAAGUCCUCAACAUAGACCUCAUUUCCCCAGGCCAGAGCGUCACAUUUAAGGCCACAGAGGAUCACUCGAAGUGGGCCGUCAGCUCCAGCUCUGGGACGUCUGGCGGCUGGGUCUGCGUUGGAGACAUCAACCGAGACGAGGCGGAGGAGAAGAGAGGUGGAGGUACAGUGUGCCGUCGGGACACUGUAGUGUGGAAGGCCUACCGCUCCGCUGCCCUGCAGUGCGAGAGCUGCAGUGGAGAAGUGCAGACGUGCGAACAAGCCCAACGCUUUCGCUGAUGAAGCUGGACUCAGCAGAAAGAACAACACAAUCUCAGCAGUGCAGGUGUAGGUGUCAAACAGGUACAAUUAUGAGGUCAAACGCUUUUGGUAAUAUGCGAAGGAGUAUACAGGGUAAUUCCUUUAAAACACUCCACUUUUUUUGGACAUUUU